AUGGCGUUGGUGAUCCUAUCGCCGUCGCUGUGCCCCGCAGCCACUGCAUGGGGCAUCUUCUCCUCGCCUAAACCCACGAGCCAGUCCGUCGCCGCGCCGACGCUGCCGGACGGCGGCGGCGGCAGGACGGUGAUCGACUUCUCGAUGGAAGAAGGCGGCGGCGGCCCGAGGGGCGUGGAGCUGCUGGAGGGCGCGCGGCGCAGGAUCGCCGGCCCGGCCUCCUGCUGGGGCGAGGCGUACCGCGGCCUCUUCGCCAGCUGCGCCCACAUCAUGUCCGACAAGGAGCGCCAGGCCAGGCUCGCGUGGCGCCUCAGCGCCUGCUACCAGGAGGACUCCGGCCGCCCGCCGCUGCCGCCCUGCGACGAGCGCUCGCGCAUGGUGCACUGCCGCAAGCGCCUCUCCGAGCACGAGGAGAAGGUCUUCCUCGAGUUCUUCCUCGAGACCAACACCCUCUGCCACCAGCUCCAGGCGGAGGCGUUCAAGCAGAGCACGGAGCGGCUGGUGAACGACCUGACACGGUCGGCGGCGGCGGCGAGCGAGAAGCUGUCGGCGAUCGAGGAGAGGUCGAACCAGAUCAUCCAGGAGUCGAGCAAGCUCCACGGCUCCAUGUCGUCGGUCGUGUCGCAGACCGAGCACCUGGCCGCCGCGACCAACAACAUCAAAUCCCGGAUCGGCGACGUGCUGGAGCGGUCGGCGGCCAUAGCCGAGCAGUCCCGGCAGAUCGCGGCGGCGCAGGCGGGGCUCAGGGAAGGGCAGGAGGAGAUGCGGGGCCGGAUCGACGCCGGCAUGGCGCGGGUGGAGGAGGAGUACGCGAGGCUCGGCGAGGAGAUGGGGAGGCUGAAGGAGGAGGCGGCCGGCAUCGAGCGGGAGGUCAGGGCCGUCGGCGACGCCAUGGCGGCGCGGAUGGAGGCCCUGCAGCGCACCGCGGAGGAGAUCGGGAGCGUCGCCGGCAGGUCGCUGGAGAACCAGAGGGAGCUGCUGGAAGGGCAGGCGAACGCGACGCGGGCGCUCGGGGAGCUCCACGGGUUCCUGGCGCAGGCGCUCGAGGAGAGCAGGGAGGCGGUGCAGAGGCUGGCGCGCUUCGGGCGGCAGCAGCAGGAGGAGCUGCUGUCCCGGCAGGAGCAGCUCCGGCGCGCCCACGACCACCUCAUGCACAACUCGGAGUCGAUCCUCCAGGCGCAGGAGGAGUUCAGCGCGAAGCAGGCCAACAUCUUCGCGGCGCUGGACAAGCUCUACGUGCUCCACAACGCCAUCCUGGUGGAGUCCCGCUUCAUCAAGGCCUUCUUCUUCUACUGCUGCGUCGUCUUCCUCCUCUACGUCCUCACCAGCGCCAAGCAGACCUUCGCCAUCAGAGGCCAGCUCUACUUCGGUAACACAUCCUCAUCCUCUGCCUCAUAUCGCCAUUUUCUUCACUCCAUUGCUUCAUUUUUUUCAUGUGUGAUCAAAUCAGGUCUGUGCAUCACGCUCGUGGUGGAGGUCGCGCUCAUCAGGCUCGGCGCCGACGACGACCUCACCAAGCCGUUCUGGAUCGUGUCCAAGGUGCUGCUGCUCCGGUCGGCCUUCCUCGCCGUCGCCGCCGCCCAGAUCCUCCACGCCAUCUUCGCCUUCAAGGAUUACGAGGUGCUGAACCACGUGCUGCUCCAGACGCUGGUGGAGAAAGUCCGGGCGAUCGAAGACAACUCCGCCGCCGGAGACAAGAUGUGUCCAUGGGGCACAGGCAGUGAUGAUGAAGGUAGCCUCAGCGACUACUCGUGGGUCUUCGAUGAGCUGCAGGACGACGUCGACAGCGAAAUCGACCCGGACUUCGCGUUCCGUGAAGAUGAGAUCUGCAGGAAGGACCACGGUUUCCAGGAAGAAGUCGGCGAGAAUUCGCUCUCGGCAUCGGUCGCAGCAAGGAGAUACAACCUUCGGGCGCGUAUUACACCAAGGUGACGGGCUCGCGGGUACGGAGUAGAACAUAUAUAUGCAGAAAUAUUGCCAGAAGUUGAAACUGGUAAAAUGUCAGCAUUUUGCUGAAGAACUGAAGGACAAUAUGCAACAACUUUUUUAUAAACUAAUGUCCAAAUUGUCUGAAUCUACAACUUGAAGUCAUAAAGGGAAAUAACAGAUUUAAGAAACAUUCGAUCUAACACGAAAUAUAACUGCAGUAAGAGUUAACAGUAAGUUGCAGUGGCAUGCCAAGUAGACCUAAAAAGUUCCAUUACUCACUCAAA